AUGAGUGGAGAUAAAGCAAAGAAGGAGGAGGAUGAUUUUCAAAGAAGACCUAACCCAAAGGGCUGGACUCCUCCAAAGGCACCAUAUAAUCCAUAUGACCCGACCGAUUUGAGACCACCCGAAGGGUAUCCAUCUGAAUUCAAAAUACCAGGAAAUCAGCCAUCGGGAUUUUCUUCUAUACCCAGAAAUCCAACGCAAUACAAAAAAGUCAAUGAGACCAUGAAAAGAUUGAAUUACACGCCAAGACCGCCAUCUGAGGUGUAUCCAGGCCAAUAUAAGGUGUUACGUAGAAUCGACACCAACCAGAGAUUAAAUACCGGAACACGGUGGUUUGGGUCGUUUCUUGCUGCAAGUGUGGUGGUAUAUUGUGCAUUUUUCCAUAGAUGGAAUGACGGAAGGGAGAAUGUCAUGUCAGACUUCUAUCGUGCCAGAUUGCACCUUAAAGAACGGAUGAUUGGCCUCAAUGACCAGGAAUACGACGAUUUGCACCAUCCUAAGGGCGCCAACAUAGUGGUCAAGAACGUUAAAGAUUCUGAUUAUAUCCCAGAAAACUUGAGAAAAACUGUUGAAGGUGAAUAUGCCUUGAACAGACCAUCUGAAAGACAUGUUUUAGAAGCACAGCGGAUUCAACAGCAACAAGAAGAACAAAUGUUAAGAGAAAUGGACGAACACAAGAAGUUUGCAAUGUCUUUUAUGAAUGGCGAAUCAACGUCUGGCGAAGAGGAAAAGCCUGAUAAGAGAAAGAAAUGGUUUGGAAUUUUUUAA